CCAAAUUUCCUGAAUUGGACUUUGGCUCCAAAUCAUAAAAAAAUGGCAAUAAUAACUGAACCCCUAAACAUAUUAUUAAAAUUCAACGAAACUUCGAGUAAAUUUUCAUUUAAUGUUCUAACAAACGAUGAGCUGACACAUGAAAUGAGCAAUAAUGAACUCCGUUUCACUAAAAUAACCAGAGAUAAAACCGGAUCACAUGAAAAUCUGGAAGUUAAUUUAUUUUUCGUUGGAAAAGUCGAUUUUUUACAAGAAUUUGAAUCAGUUUUCAUCAGAGAUGAGCACGAAACCUCUGAAACAACGGAAGUUUCAACAACUACAAAGCCUCAACUUGCCACACAAAUUACUGUGAGAAAAGCCAUUCAUCCGUUAGAGAAAAAUUCCGUUCAUUACAUUCACAAAUGCGAAAAUUGCAACAGAAAAUUCCGGUUAAAAAAGCAUCUAGCGGAUCAUUUACGGGCAAAAACUUGUCAAAAACAGAUGAUAAUUGGCACGAACAUUCACGUCGUUCGUUGUUUGUCUUACUUGCCCGAAGGACUUCGAUUACCGGAUUUAAACACAAUUCGCAGUCCUUAUAAUCAGCAAAUUCGACAAGAUGACGGCACAAUUACUUACAUCAACAAAACUUCGGUAACUUCUUACCUUUGGGUCACGAAUUUCGACGUUCACGAGCCAAAAUGUGAGAUUUGUCAGAAGAAACUUUUGGGAGUCGCACGAAAAAUGAAUCAUCGGGCUUCGAUGCAUUUCUUUCCGGGCAACAAAAAGACCUGCAAUGGCUGUGGAAAGUUAGUCAACAACAAGGAGGAUCAAAAAUUUCACACUUUGUACUGUUUAGGCAAAGAUACAAUUCGCACGGAUUACUGCUACGAGUGCAAAAUGAGGUUUAAUGACGACGAAGCGUGUCAAAAACACAUCAAACGAGCUCAUUACUGGCCAAGGGACGAAGAAAAUGACGACGAGAGUGCUUAUUGCCACAUUUGUGAACGAAUGUUUGCCUCAAAAUUCAUGCUGCGUCGUCAUAAUUUGCGACACAAAGCUAGUCAGAUGCUGUUUUUAUGCGAGCAUUGCCAUUUUGUCACGAGUUCGAAGGAAAAAUUGGAAUCCCAUUUGAUUUCAAUGCAUUUUCCGCAACUAAAACCCAUGAAAACGACCGAAACUGACACAAAUCCUGAUGAAAUCCAUGAAAUUUCGUCAGUUUUCGUGCCUGAAAUGAAUUUUGAAGACAUUAUUGCGAUCGAUUCCGACGGAUCUGAGGAAAAAACAGUAUCUGAAGGUGAAUUUGAAGACUGUGAAGAAACAACUAUUGAUAAUUCAUACUCGUUCGAGCCGACAAAGUCACCAAAUGAAGCUGAUUUGAACGUAAAAUGCACCAUUGUUCGACUAAAUGAUGAUGGAUCGAAGACUAAACAUGAUGUGCAGCACGUGAAAUUGUAUAAAAGAGAUACUCCCAAAAUUUCCGUGAAAGUUGUUCAAGCAGAGGAACUCAAGGCAUCUAAAAGGACAAAUCAAUCUCGAACAGUUUCCGUCAAAUAUCCAGAAAUGCCGAUAAAAGUCGUGAAUUUGGAUCAAAUUCCCGUUAAAAUUGCCGAAAAAAAGCUGAAAAUGGUAAAAAAUAAUUUUCGCAGCUUUUUCGAAGAUACAGACGAUUUCGAAAAUGACCCCUCAGGCACUUCCAGUGAUUAUUCGAAUCAAUAUUUGACCUCUUUGAUGACCUUGAACUACCUUCCGAGUUAUGUCACGUUGCCAGUUGUUAAAGAUCUCGAACGACCUUUUUAUUUGUUGCACGAACAAGAAGACGGCUCCUACACUUAUUUACAUCAAAAAACGGCUGUUUCGAAAAUUUGGAUUACGAAUUUCGAUUUGCAGUGUCUCGAAUGCGAUAUUUGUGCGGAAUCGUUUCCGAAAGAGGAACUUUUGGCUUUACAUCGAAUGGAAGAGCAUUUCUUCCCGGCAGACACAAUUUUAUGCAAUGCCUGUGAAAAAACCUUUGAAACGCGUCAGGCGAGGGAAUUUCACUCGUUAUAUUGCGUGGAAAAAGAUUCAAUUGACAUCAGUGGAAUACAAGAAGCGAAAAUCCUAAAAAGCAAUAAUGAAGAAAAUGACACAAAAAAUAGGAAAUUUUCCUGUAAUCAUUGCGAUUUUUCAGCUAGUUUGGCGUUUCAUUUGCUGCGACACCUUUUAUGCAUUCAUUUCCCUACUUUUGCUAAUUUUGAGUGUUCCGAGUGCAAUCCAAAGCGGUAUUUUUUGACAAAAGCCAAGUACAAGAGACACAUGACGACGCACGAAACGAGCAAAUUUGAGUGUCAUUUUUGUGGCAAGGAAUUCAAUUCACGAGGAGUUUUGCGUAAUCACAUUACGUAUGUGCAUAAGCAGACAGACGAAAAGUAUCCAUGUGAGAUUUGUGGAAAGAUUUUCCUGGCGAAGUCAAAUCUGCAUAAUCACAAGUUGUCGCAUUUGCCGGAGAAUGAGAGGCCAUACAAGUGUCAAGUUUGUGGCAAACGUUUUAAUCAUCCGAAGAUACUGAGGGAGCAUAUGUACGAUCAUACAGGAGAAAAACCCUACAAAUGUCAAUAUUGCGAGCGAACUUUUUCGCGCCUUCAAACGAGACGCGAUCACGAAAGAACUCACACCGGCAAAGGAUACAUUUGCGAAUAUUGUGAUCGAAGCCCAUUUUGGGACCACAGCAGCUUCCGAAAGCAUUUAAAAUCACAUGAGCUCACGAUGAACAAAAAACUAACAUACACCAAAGAAGAAAGGCGCUUAAAAACGAUUGGACUUUUAAAUGAAUACGAAACGGAUGGCGGAACGACUUCAUAAAAAUUGUUGGUCUCCGGCUCUUGCAUUCCAUUUAGUCAAAACAUCAAAAUAAACAAAAAAUUACAACAACAAACUGAACUUUAGACUCUUUCGGUGCCAGUUUUAAGAUAAAAAAAUGAAUAAAUUAAGCUAAUUGAUAAUAAAUUUUGAUAUUGAUGACAAAAUUUUUACCUUUUUGAUAAGAUUUAAGUGAAAAAAGUGACCUGA